AGUCGAAUUUUAAAUCAGAGAUAAUGAGUGCCAAUGAGCCUGCAGAUGGGCUCGACAUCAUCAGAAAUGCACAAAAUAUCAUCAGCAAGAAAGGCCAAUUGCUGCUGCUACAAAAGGUCUCCAAACAUCAGUUUGUGCACAAGAUCGCCGAGUGUGUUGGGUGGAAGAAGUUGUGGGAUCAUGCACUGGACCACGGCCCCUCAGUUAUCAAGGGAAUGAAGAAUCUUCAAACCAACCCUGGCUGAACAUGUCAUCACCAACCACACAAAAAGUGACAGCUGCUGGUGCACUCUACCAUGGACCCCAGUCAAGUGUUAUGCUUCUUACAUGUUUUUUAAAAAAAAUAUUGUAUUCAUCCCUCACUUUGUCUGUAUACAUGUCAUA